AUGUUUGAAAGCAAAAGCAAACUUCCUUUUCAUCCCUCUAAGGGUAAAGAGAAAGACAGGCAAUUUGCUCAGUUAUCAGAAUAUGGUGUAUAUCCAAAAAUAGAGAAUAUGUCCUUUCAUAGAUUCAAUAAGGAAAAUCCCGGUUAUUUUAGAGGAUUUCAAUGUAACGACUCUUCUUGUCCUGCACAAGCUGAAAACUUCAAGCCAGUAACAAAUGGCUUUAGCCUUUUCGGAAUGGUUAAAUCAAUAUUCAUUACCGUAGGCUGUUGUCUUUCAGCUCCAUACGAUGAGGAGGGAUGGGAUGAGUUUGUGGACGAAUCUGCUGUCUUUAAAGGCCACGAACCAAUUUCAACAGAAAAUGUCAAAUUUCCAUCCCUCCCUGUCCACGAAAUUCCCUACUUUCAGCUGAACGUUCCACAUGAUGGCUACCUGGGUCCCCUUAGUUACCAAGGCUGGAUUCAUCAACUUUCCAAAAAUGCUGGUGUACAAGUCAACUGGAAGAAAACUUAUUGCACAGUCAUGAAUCCUUUUUCUAAUGGAAUGGUAUACACCAUCCCUCACAAUGAUGGCAGAAUAUUAUUAGAGUCCUGCUAUUGUGAAAAGAACCUGGGCAUGUCUACUUCACCAAUGAUUAUGGAGUUUAUGCCAUACAAGUCGCUUGUAAAGUUUAAUUGUUCCAAAUUGUUCAAUGCCUUUGAAAAUUAUUAUCGAGAACUCGCUGACUUCUUGCUGAGCGGACGUGCACCACUCAAUGUUUUAGUCCAUCAUGUCAUGCUCUAUCAUUACUAUCCCACUUUUAUGAAGGAUGUUUUAUGGAAAGCUGUCGAAGUAUACUUGGACACUCACUGCAUGGAGGAGCGUUACUGCAGAAUCCAAGUAGAGGCAGCUAAACGCAAACUAGGUGACAUUCGACUGUAUUUUGUUUAUCCUCGAGAUAUAUACAAAUUUUCAAAUUCAAAGGAAUGGAUUACCAUCGCCACACGAGGGUUCAUUUCUUAUAUUCAAGCGAGAAAACCUUUAUGUUUAGGAAGUAUUCCAGUCAGCAAUAAGAGGAUCUCGGAGCUUCUUUCUUAUGCAACCAGUUCAGACUGCAUGGCUUGGCUGUCUCUGCUCAUCUGUGCCGGAUCCAAUGGGUCUCGUUUCCCGCUGCACAUGUACAUCAACACGAAAACACGGAUUUUAGAACGUAAAGCGUCAAUAACGGACUUUUUAUUUUCCGACGAAGACCUGCUUUUCUUCGAAGACAAAGAAACCAUCGACGAGUUCAGGCCUAUACAACGACAACUUUUGAAAGAACUAACGGAUUGUGACACCUAUUCUCAGGCUCUGCAUAAUUCCAGUUUAGCUCGCAUCAUUGAUGCAUCCAAACAUCGAAGUAAGGGGAUUCAAUUUUACGACCAAGGAAAGGCUGUCGAUGAAACGAAAGAAACUCCAAGCGAACUUGACCCUCAAAAAAUCACAAAACAGAUGCAGCCCCGUCUUCCUAAAUCCCAAACUCGUCGUCUAACUUCUUACAGUAGCAGCAUUGCCCAAAAGGGUUAUUUGACACCACUGCUUAUAACAAGAGUCGUUAUUCACUAA